AUGACAGAUUCCGACCAGAACUUGGUCAAUUUUUGCCUUUCCAAGGAUCUUCAUCUUCCUUUGCGAAUAAAGCUCGUCAAUCUUACUGGUUUAACGCGGAGAUUGGCCGAUCACAUUUUCAACGACACCCAUGACGUAGACGAAGCUACAUCCAGACUCAUUCGGUCUAAAUUGUACAGAGAGCAACAGCAGAGUCAUUCAUUGAUCAUAACAGUCUUUGUGGAAUCUGGAGCAGGAAAAAAGAUUGCAUGUCCGAUAGCUACCAGUCUUAAUUACAGCAUAGACAACUCUUCCAAGUUGAUCAAUGGUUGGACAAUGAACAACAAGAGCAGUAAUGGAAACCACUCCAAAUGGAUCAAUUUGCCUAUAGAUUAUUCAAUGUUACCGUUGGAUGCCACUUUGGUGCUAAAAUUCUACAAUUUUGACCUUCAGACGGGCCGACGUCUAUAUGUAGGUCAGUCGAAGCUUAAUUUGUUUGACAGAGAUACAAGCUGUACAUUAGUCAAGGGCUUUCAAAGUGUUGAGGUGAAGCUGAGACACCAGUCUGCGGAUAUGACUCCAAAUGAGAAUCACUCUCUUCUUGAGGAUAAACUAAAGGCCAAAGAAAAUAGUAAUCAAUCGGAGAAUAUUGAUUGGCUUGAUCAAUUGACCUAUCGAAAGAUCGAGCAAAUCAAUCGCGUGGAGUCAAUGAAGACCCGAGAACAAUUGGACGAUUUCUCGUUGAAGAACGGUCCAGUAUUUGUGAAUUUGGAGUUAGUGAGGUUUGAAAUGCCUAUUGUUUUUAGUGAUGCAAAAUAUGCACCUUUAAAGAUACCAACGAAGCAAGAGAUUGGCGGGAUUAGCGAUAUAGCUUCCGAGAACUUGACGGACUUCAACCAGGUCACUUAUAAUAAUCAGAAGGAAUUCUUGGAGAAGCCGUCAACGCUGAUAUUUGACCCUGACCUGUAUCGGGCAGAGAUAUCAGAGGAUCCAAUCGAGUAUAAGUUUCGCAAACUGGAAAGAACCCACCAGAUUUCUCCAUUGGAUAAAGACAUUAAACCAACAUUAAAGGUGAGAACAAAGCUUGAUAGGAUUCUCAAGAAGCAGUUCUUUGAGAAGUUGGAUCAAAAGGAAAAGAACUUGAUUUGGAAGUUCCGAUUCUUUCUUUUGAACAGCCUGGUUGUUAAUGGAAAUAAUGAGCAGUACAACAAUUUCAUAAUCAACUUCAUCAAGUGUAUUGAUUGGGCAGACGAGUUUGAAGUGAAUGAGUUUUUGACAAUUCUUAAGGACUUGGAUACGAAGAGUGGUGGAUCAAAUUUGUUUAUUCGGGAGCUUACGAUUGUUGACUGCCUUGAGUUACUCAGCGAGAACUAUAAAAACAAAAUCGUGAGACGGAUGGCCAUAAGAAAGCUCGAGAUGGCUACUGAUGAAGAGUUAGAGAUGUUCAUGGUUCAAUUGGUGAGAGCCAUACAAAAUGAACCCGAUGUGAAGACAAUUGAUAUUGGAGAACAUGGGGAUUCCAACUUUGACGAUGAAGUUGACGAAUUUGAGAACCGCAGUGAAUCGGGAUCUACUUCUAGUGACUACCAGGUUAUAGAUAGUAGUCCGGAGGAAAUGGAGGAUCCGAUAGUAAAGUAUUUAUACAGUGAUAAGAUCUUCCAGCCUACAGCCAAAGUUCCUCAAUUCUCUUCUGCACUUAGCGACUUCAUCAUCAAAAGAGCACUGGCGAAUCCGUCGCUCACUAACUUCUUCUAUUGGAAUUUGAAGGUUCAGGUGGAUGAAGAGAGGCAGAAAAAUCGGAUCAGAGGCAACCAAUCCUUGGCCAAUGACGUAGUUACCAUGGUGAGCAACGAGAGUGAUACCAACAAUUUAAAUACACAGGUAACAAGACCAUCCAAAUUCAACCAGGCCGCUAGUGGUGGCUAUGCUCACAAGCUUCGUCACAUUCACGUUUAUGAAAGGACCCUUCUUUCUUUGAUUACAAGACUUGCCUCUGGAAAGGAAAGCCACAAGCGAAUUAAUAUUCUUCGCAGACAGGUAGAGUUAGUUCGGCAGCUUCAUUCGAUUUCGAUGAAGAUCAAAGUGGACUAUCGUCGUGAACCUACGCCCAGAAAAGUGGACAUUUUGAAGAAAUUACUUACUGAGAAGCACGGGAAACGAGAAAUUGGUGGCAGAACGAGGUCUGGUACAGCUACCUCCGCACUACAUGCGGUUGGACUUACCAUCAGCAGUCUUUCGGGCCACGACGAGGAAUCUAGUGGAGAAGUCAUCAAUGUUAACGGUGGAAACAAUGGCAAUAACGAAUCUAUGCUUAGCUUUCAGUCAAUUCCACUACCUUUGAACCCAGAGGUCUCUGUAUUUGGCACCUAUCCGGAAAGCUGCACUGUUUUCAAAAGUAGCUUGAGUCCUUUGAAGGUGACAUUCCGAGCCAAUACAGCUACUGGACAGUAUCCGGUGAUGUAUAAAGCUGGAGAUGACCUAAGACAGGAUCAAUUUGUCAUUCAGAUCAUUGCUCUUAUGAAUAAUAUACUCCAAAGCGAGAACUUGGACUUGAAGCUAACUCCGUACAGAAUAUUGGCCACAGGUCCAGUGGAAGGACUUAUUCAGUUUGUACCUAACAGCUCGCUUUCGUCCAUUCUUUCAAAUUACAACAACUCGAUACUGGCCUAUCUACAGAAGUACAACCCUGAUCCAGCUGGACCUAACGGUGUUCAGGCUGAAGCUAUGGAUAACUAUGUGAGAUCUUGCUCAGGAUACUGUGUUAUUACAUACAUUUUGGGAGUGGGAGACAGGCAUUUGGAGAACUUAUUGUUGACUCGUAAUGGAUUUUUCUUCCAUGCAGACUUUGGAUACAUAUUAGGUGCCGAUCCUAAGCCUUUUCCACCUUUAAUGAAGUUACCAAUUCAAGUGAUUGAGGGAAUGGGAGGGUUGAAUGACGACAACUACCAAAAGUUUUGCAAUUACUGCUUCAUUACAUACUUGACUCUACGUAGAAAUGCCUCUAUUGUUCUCAAUUUGUUCCAGUUAAUGAUCAACACGCCUAUUCCUGCAUUACAGACCAUUGAUAAGAAUAAUGAAUCUGAAAAGAUGGAAAUUAUAUGGAAAGUGCAGGAGAAGUUCAUGCUUGAUUUAAAUGACGAAGAGGCAGUCUUACAUUUUCAGAGGUUAAUCGAUGACAGUGUCAACGCUGUCUACCCUGUGAUGAUUGAUAGGUUGCACAGUAUGGCUCAGUACUGGAGAUCAUAG